GCCUGUGCCGAGUCUGAUACUCUUGAGGCCUCAAAUUUAAUUUGCGAGUUUAUGGCGUCUUCAAAUUCCUGGUGCAGUCUUCUCAAAGAGCUCUUAGAGUUGAUCUUCAAUCGCUUAGAAAUUGAUGUCGAUGUUCUCCGGUGCAGCUUUGUCUGCACUUCAUGGCGACCAGUCGCUCUUCAUGUCUACCGGAAGUUCAUUCCGCUUCUACUGUUUCCAAACGAAACCCUAAAAACGAACUCUUGGACUUUGUUCGACCUCACAACACGAGAAACUCGUGAUCUUCACCUUCAGGAAACUUGCCGUCGUUGGAUUCCUUGCUCCUCCAAUGGAUGGUUACUGACAAUUGGUGUCGAUUGUCCGCACAAGAUGCAUCUGUUGAAUGUGAUCUCAAAAUCCCAGGUUCUACUUCCGUCUAUAGAUACAUUAAAGCCGUCUUUGGAUUCUUUUUCUCGUUUUGAUAAGUCAUCUGGCGGAGAUUACUAUAUAAAUAAGGUGAUCGUAUCCUCAUGCCCAUCGAAUCCCGGGUGUUCGGUUCUUGUCAAUUACUAUUAUAGAUCUAAAUUAGCUUUAUGUACAGUAGGAGAUGAAAAGUGGAGGAUUUUGAAAACAAAUUUAGGAGUAGAAGGUAUUGUGUGCUAUAAGGGAGAAUUCUAUGUAAUUGACGAGCUUAGGAGAGUUUUCAUCUGCACUCUAAUCUCCGAAACCCUAGAAUUUGUAUGCAGGGUACCUAAUUUUGGAGAUUAUCGCUGCAUCUAUCUAGUGGAGUCCUUGUAUGGUGAACUUUUGUUGGUCAUAAGGAAAUGCUGUGAUUGGAAUCAGUUUGAGGUGUGUAAAUUGGAUUUGAAGCUAAGAACGCUGUUUAGCGUGAAAAACUUACGGAAUCAAGCAUUGUUUCUGGGGAUUAAUGGUUCUGCCGUGGUCGCUAGAGGCUGCUCUAGAUUUGGUAAAGGCAAUUGCAUAUAUUUCAUUGCCUAUGAUCAUCCUUUCAUGAGUCCAUUUUUUAUGGGUCACUGUGGCCCAGCCAUGUUUGAUAUGGAAAUGGAGAAAUUUGAGUGGUUUCAUGAGACUGAAUUUAGUAAUUUUGAGAAUUUUCGAAAAUUUCAUUGGAUCUCACCAGAUAUAUGUCAUUAGCUAAUUCCAAGAGCUAUUGAUGAGGAUCCUAUCGUGUGUAGCCAUUGAGGAGAAUUAAUUAGCUAAUUCCAAGAGCUAUUGACGAGGAUCCUAUUGUGUGUAGCCAUUGAGGAGGAUUCUAUUGUGUGUCUCAGGUUCACAUAUUCAAGCAAUGUGACACCCUCUUGCACAAUGCAGUGUAGGGGGAAGGAGAAGUAGGCUUACUUCAAAAGAUUGGGGGGCAUUAUGGAGUGCCACCGAUGUUCCUUUGGAGAUUUUUGCCAUUUAUGUUCUGCCCGCUGGAGACAGAACUGGAAGACUUUUGCACCUGAAUGAUGAGGAACUGCUCUGCCCUCUGUGUAACUAAAAAAAAAAAAAGAAAAGACUGCAACACAUUUUCUUUGGCUGUAGAAUCGGGACUGUCAUACAUCAAGUUAGGGGCAAUGAACUGGACUUGUUUUGCUUUCCGGCAUAUAUGCUCCUGGAUAUCAGGCGUGUUGAAUACCCCACUAAGUGGAUUGGAAUGCUACCGGAUGGGGCUUAGGAGCUGCAGGUAGCUGUCUUCUUGUCUUGAUGUUACUUGGACAAGUCUUUGGAGUUACAUAUGCCAUCGCAGAAUAUUCAUGAGAUAAUUUUAAAAGCAUGGAAGAGGCUGGACCUCUUUGAAAGAUAGAUUAGCUUUGAAAAUGCGAUAAGUUUGAUUCUUCCUUCCUUUGAAAUUAUCUUGUUGUAGAUGUGGUAGCCAUGUACAACUCUCUUGACCACCUGGCUCUGUGCACUAAACUAUAUUCUAGCAAUAAUGUGGUGGAAGGAAAAGCCUUGGCCCUUGGAAGCUCAACUUGUCAUAGACUGCAUAAUGAUCAUGGCAGGAGUGGGGUGGUUGUCACAUAAUGUUCAAAGGUUUCAGCAAACUCUGUCGAGUUAUUAAAAUGGAACAAAUAAAUAUUAGGUGACGAAAUGGAACCCGAUCAAUUUUUCCGUAA